AUGGAGGACCCAAAGGCUAAGGAUGAUUCUUCUGUAUGUACUCGAGGUUCUCUAUUUGUCUCUGAUGAACAGAAGGUGGAAGCUUGCUCUAGUCCCGCAAAGUUGGUACCCAGCAAUAGAGAACCCAAAGAUGCAAAAACAGUUGACAUUCAUGAGAAUGGCUUAGUUAACAAUGGCAAAGUCAGUAAACAUAUUUCAAAAGAUGAGUUGCUCUGUUCAGCAUGUAAGGAGCUGCUCGUGCGACCCGUGGCUCUCAAUUGCGGACAUGUAUACUGCGAAGGUUGUGUAGUAGAUAUGAUGGAUAAAGAGAGCGAAAAGAUUAAAUGUAAAGAGUGUCAUGUUUGUGACCCAAGAAGAUAUCUCAAAAUUUGUUGGGCUCUUGAGCAGUUUUUGGAGGAAAACUUUCCUGAAGAAUACUAUUCAAGAAAAAGUGGGAUUCAGGAAACGUUGGCAAACAUUCAAAGCUAUCACAACGAAGGCAAAUCCUCAUCAGAAGAAAACAACAACAAUAAUCCUCCUUGGUGGGCAAGCCCUGCUUCUAAUGUUCACGUCGGAACUGGUUGUGAUUCUUGCGGAGUGUAUCCAAUCACAGGGGAUCGAUACAGCUGCAAAGACUGCAAGGAGGAAGUUGGUUAUGACCUUUGCAAAAACUGUUUCGAGAAUCCUUCAAAGGUUUCAGGAAGAUUCAACCAGCAGCACACUUCAGACCACAGGUUUGAGCUCGCUGAGCUUAAUGAAAGCGAGAGUGAAGAAGAAGAUAGUGAUGAGAACGAGGAAGGGCCAGUUGAAUGA